AUGCGACUUCUCCUACAAGCAGUUAAAAUAGAACUUGCAUAUUAUAAUGUCAAAGGGUUUGAAACGAUUGCCCAACAGAGAAGACGAGAAUGGGAAACCAGGAUUCGAACGGUUAAAUCGAAUUUCGAACAAUUUGACAGGACAGUUAGAGACAGAUACCAUGCUCAGUCUCGUGUGGACAUUAAAAAAUAUGCUGCCGAAAAUUAUGGCAUGAGCCACGAAGUCUUCAGUAGAGGGUUGUACGGAAUGUUAAAUGAAAAGUAUUACUGGCGUGUCUGGUUUGUUGUUGUUUACAAUCCGAUAUACGGUUAUGAGAAGCACACUGUUAGUGUAUGUGGCGGACAUAUUCUAUUUCGACAAGACGGACGAAACAUCGUGGUUGCAAGCAAGGACCGAAAUGCAAGUGCAAUGGACUUGCAAAGAGCGAGAACAAACCUGAAUAACGCCUUUUAUUAUACCUAUGGUUUGGGGAGUUUUGGGAUGCUUUACCGAGGAGGCUUUGCCAGACGCCAUUACAACAGAAUUGAUAAAACAGGUGCAUGUAGUGUUGCUGUUAUACGGACUGACUCAAAUGUGUCGUACAGAGGAGACCCAAAUAGAAUAAUGCACAUCAUUGUAAGUCCCCACAGAAUUAUUGCCGCAGACCUCCUGCAUGUGAUCAUGUUCGGCUAAAAUGCCAUACAAAAUACAACAAUUUCAAUUGUUUGCGAAACGGAUUGGACAAGGCUGAAUCUUUUCAGGAUCUUUUUAGGAACGUAUCGUAUGACUUAAACUGACUUAUAGAAAACGGAUUUAAACUGUAUAGGAACAGAUUGAACGUACUUAGAACCAUUUGGGGUCUAUUUACAAACUCACACGAACGUAAUCGAACGGAUAGGUCCUCCGAUGCUCAAAUUCUCUGGUUGUCGCCACGUCCUGCAUUGAGAACGAGUGUCAACGUACUUUAGACGAGCUUGAUGGACUUCAAACGGAACUGUCGUACUUCGAGAACGAGGCAAAACCUGUUGCAAACGGGUUUAAACUGAUUAAAGACAUAUCAAAGACUGUUUAUGAACAAGUUGGCAGAAAUAUAGCUGUCACACAAAAC